AAUGUGGCCGGGGAGCUGGGCUCUUCCCGUGCCACUCUGGGAUCCGCCUGGCAGCCGCCGGGAGCCGCAGCCAAUGUGUUAGGACUUCAGGUGCUCCCGGGCACAAAGCUAGACUGCGACCUCCUACCAUAGCGCUUGGCGUCACCUGCUCUCCCGGCCCUGCCCCGGGGCCGAGGGAUGGCGUCCCGAAGCAGGCUGGGGACUCGGCUGCCUCUCAAAUGAACCUCUAGUCUUGCUUUGAAAAAGCCACUUUGUGUAAUUCUUGACUGAAUAAUUUCCUAAUACACCUGUUGGUCGGAUCACUGACACAGUAUGCCAUUUGAGAGGUACUUUUUCUUGCCCAAAUACUGGUGAUUAGAGAAGAGAAGUGUUUUAUUUUUGUUUAUUUUUUCCUCUGAUCAUUAUGAACAUUGGCUUUUACUCCUGAAGUAAAAAUGUUGAAAGCAGAGCCUUCAGGUGAAAGAACCACUCUCAGAAGUGCCUCUCCUCACAGGAAUGCAUAUAGAACUGAGUUCCAGGCACUGAAAAGUACCUUUGACAAACCCAAGUCAGAUGGAGAACAAAAAUCAAAAGAAGGUGAGGGCUCCCAGCAGAGCAGGGGGAGGAAAUAUGGCUCCAAUGUCAACAGAAUUAAAAAUCUGUUUAUGCAGAUGGGUAUGGAACCCACUGAGAAUGCUGCAGUCAUUGCCAAAACAAGGGGGAAAGGUAGACCUUCAUCCCCUCAGAGAAGAAUGAAACCCAAAGAAUUUCUUGAGAAAACAGAUGGCUCAGUUGUUAAAUUGGAGUCCUCUGUUUCAGAACGAAUUAGUAGAUUUGACACAAUGUGUGAUGGUCCCUCAUACUCUAAAUUCACGGAAACUCGGAAGAUGUUUGAGAGGAGUGUGCAUGAGUCAGGACGAAACAACCGCUAUUCCCCAAAGACAGAGAAAGCUGGAGGGGGUGAGCCUCAGGAUGAGUGGGGUGGUACCAAGUCCAACAGAGGCAGUACUGAUUCCCUGGACAGUCUUAGCUCUAGGACAGAGGCUGUCUCCCCUACAGUGAGUCAACUGAGUGCAGUAUUUGAGAAUACCGAAUCCCCCAGUGCCAUUGCUCCUGAGAAGUCUGAAAAUGAAUACUCAGUGACUGGGCAUUAUCCACUAAAUUUACCAUCUGUUACUGUGACAAAUCUUGACACCUUUGGUCACCUUAAGGAUUCCAACUCUUGGUCUCCAACAAGCAAAUGCGGUGAUGAUACAGAGGAUGUUCAGAAGAGUAACGCAACUCCAGUACCGGAAGUAGCUUCAAAAAGUACCUCUCUAGAUUCGAUGCCUGGUGAAGAGACACAGCUGAACAAGGAAGCUGAGGACUCUACAUCUAAUCAAGAGACUCCGGACAGCAUCGACAAAGGCAUUUUUGAAGAAUCUUGUGCUGAAAAUAAGGCAAUGCCGGAGUUUAAAAUUCCUUCACCACAAAAUGAACCAUUAGAAGAUGCUGAAGCUAAUUUGGUUGGGAGUGAGACAGGAGUACAACCAAAGAAAGAGCUUGCAGGUGGUAAUUUUACCUCUGCUGAUAUAUCUGGAUCCAGUUUUGGGAAAGAAGUACCUGAAGAUUCAAAUAAUUUUGAGAGCUCCCAUGUUUACAUGCACAGUGACUAUAAUGUGUAUAGAGUAAGAUCUAGGUAUAAUUCAGACUGGGGAGAGACAGGUACUGAACAGGAUGAGCAGGAGGAUAGUGAUGAGAACAAUUACUAUCAACCUGAUAUGGAAUAUUCAGAAAUUGUCGGAUUGCCAGAAGAAGAUGACAUCCCAGAAAACAGAAAAAUAAAAUUUAGUUGUGCACCAAUUAAGGUUUUUAACACAUACUCCAAUGAAGACUAUGACAGGAGAAAUGAUGAAGUUGACCCUGUGGCUGCUUCAGCUGAGUAUGAACUUGAAAAGCGUGUAGAAAAGCUGGAACUCUUCCCAGUGGACUUAGAGAAAGAUGAGGAUGGACUUGGUAUAAGUAUUAUUGGUAUGGGAGUUGGAGCAGAUGCUGGACUUGAAAAGCUGGGAAUAUUUGUCAAGACAGUAACAGAAGGAGGUGCUGCUCAGCGAGAUGGCAGAAUACAAGUGAACGACCAAAUUGUGGAAGUGGAUGGAAUCAGCUUGGUGGGUGUGACACAGAAUUUUGCUGCAACUGUUCUCAGAAACACCAAGGGCAAUGUCAGAUUUGUUAUUGGGCGAGAAAAACCAGGACAAGUAAGUGAGGUUGCCCAAUUGAUAAGCCAGACACUGGAACAGGAAAGACGCCAGAGAGAACUACUUGAGCAGCACUAUGCUCAGUAUGAUGCUGAUGAUGACGAGACCACAGUGCCUGAAUUGCAAGGAGUGCCUGGCAACUGCAAUAAUAAUAACAACUAUUUCCUUAAGACAGGAGAAUAUGCCACAGAUGAAGAGGAGGAUGAGGUAGGCCCUGUUCUUCCUGGCAGUGACAUAGCUAUUGAAGUCUUCGAGCUGCCUGAGAAUGAGGAUAUGUUUUCUCCAUCAGACCUGGACACAAACAAGCUCAGUCACAAAUUCAAAGAGUUGCAAAUCAAACAUGCAGUUACAGAAGCAGAGAUUCAAAAAUUGAAGACCAAGCUGCAAGCAGCAGAAAAUGAAAAAGUGCGGUGGGAAUUAGAGAAAACACAACUUCAACAGAACAUAGAAGAGAAUAAAGAAAGAAUGUUGAAAUUAGAGAGCUACUGGAUUGAGGCUCAAACAUUAUGUCAUACAGUGAAUGAACACCUCAAAGAUACCCAAAGCCAAUAUCAAGCCUUGGAAAAGAAAUACAAUAAGGCAAAGAAACUGAUCAAGGAUUUCCAACAAAAAGAACUUGAUUUCAUCAAAAGACAGGAAGCAGAAAGAAAGAAAAUAGAAGAUUUGGAAAAAGCUCAUGUUGUAGAAGUUCAAGGCCUGCAAGUGCGGAUUAGAGAUUUGGAAGCUGAGGUCUUCAGGCUAUUGAAACAAAAUGGGACUCAAGUUAACAAUAACAACAACAUCUUUGAGAGAAGAACAUCCCUUGGUGACGUCUCUAAAGGAGAUACCAUGGAGAAUUUGGACGUCAAACAAACAUCUUGUCAAGAUGGCCUAAGUCAAGAUUUGAAUGAAGCAGUCCCAGAGACCGAGCGCCUAGAUUCAAAGGCAUUGAAAACAAGAGCCCAGCUCUCUGUUAAGAACAGACGCCAGAGGCCUUCUCGGACAAGACUCUAUGAUAGUGUCAGUUCAACAGAUGGAGAAGACAGUCUGGAACGAAAGCCUCCAAACAGUCUUUAUAACCACAUGCAUGUUACCAAAUCACUUCUGCCCAAGGGUUUGAGAACUUCUCCAGAAUCAGAUUCUGGUGAUCCAUCCCUCACUCCAGUGGCUAGCAGUCUGCCUUUAUCAUCUGAUCACAUGGGUGAAUUUCCAGAAGAUUCACUGCACUCGGAAAGGGAGCCAUCCUCCUCUACCUGGGGAGACACUUCGCUCUCUUCUCCUUCAAAAUCUGAUCAAGACAUGGAAGACUUUCCUUGCCACCAUGAAGCAACCAACAAGAAGAUAUUGCCAGAAAAAGGUGGUGCUAAAGGUCCCAGGUCAUUAACAGCAUCCAGUCCAUUGGUAGUUCAAGGUGGAAAAAUUAAGAAGAAGUUUGUGGAUCUGGGGGCACCUUUGCGAAGGAAUUCCAACAAAGGAAAGAAAUGGAAAGAAAAAGAAGUCAAUAGGUUUUCUCCAGGUAGCAGGAUUUUCCGAGGCAGGCUGGAGCACUGGAAACCGAAGCCCUCUUCCCCAACCCCGGCCUCCACUCGCUCACCUUGCAUGCCUUUCUCCUGGUUUAAUGAAAGCCGAAAAGGAUCCUAUUCUUUAAAGAAUCUGCCUUCACCCACGAGUCCCCUUCAGCCUUCUCCUGAGACUCUAAUUUCAGAUAAAAAGGGGUCCAAGAAUUUUACCUUCAAUGAUGACUUCAGUCCCAGCAGCACCAGCUCGGCAGAUCUGAGUGGCCUCGGAGCAGAACCCAAAACUCCAGGGCUCUCUCAGUCCUUAGCACUGUCAUCAGAUGAGAGCCUGGAUAUGAUAGAUGAUGAGAUCCUUGAUGACGGACAGUCUCCCAAACACAGUCAGUGUCAGCAUCGGGCCGUGCAUGAAUGGAGUGUGCAGCAGGUUUCUCACUGGCUAAUGAGCCUAAAUCUGGAGCAGUAUGUGUCUGAAUUCAGUGCCAAAAACAUCACUGGAGAGCAACUCCUGCAGUUGGAUGGAAAUAAACUUAAGUCUCUUGGAAUGACGUCAUCCCAGGAUCGAGCCCUGGUCAAAAAGAAGCUGAAGGAAAUGAAGGUGUCUCUGGAGAAGGCUCGGAAGGCUCAAGAGAAAAUAGAAAAACAAAGGGAAAAGCUGAGGAAGAGGGAACAAGAGCAAAUGCAGAGGAAGUCCAAAAAGACUGAAAAGAUGAUGGCAGCAAGUGAGGGUGCUGGUGAGCAGUAACACACGUUCUAUGUGGGGGGAGGGGAGCGGAAGGUUCAUGCUUCUCCAGCUUCUCCUGUCCUACCUUCCUCCAGUGAAUGAAGAAACUGAUUGAUGGUGGGGUAUUGCUGCUGUAGGCAGACUGGGGAACUGUGUGUGGAGUAACUGCAUUUUCUGCAAUAAUAGAAUAUACUCUUCAUUUUAACCAACUAAAAUAAUCCCAAACUUCUUUUGGCUUAUUUACAAAUCCAUGGAUCUUGUGUCUGAGAAAUGCAAGUGACUGUAUUUCUUUCCCUUCUUACUUACCAACAUCGUGUGUUGUUUUGGGUGGAUUGUGUCACUUGGAGGACCAGGGCAACUCUGUCCAGCCCUGACACUCACACCCACACCCCCAUUGUGUUAAUGAAGCACCAAGAACUGUCAGUAUGGGAUCCUGAAAUGGGACAACUGCACAUGUCUGCAUGGCUGAGGCUUCAGAAUCUACUCCAGUGUGCAGGAGAGGUACCCUUCUAUGCCAUGUUGGCAGCAUGUGCUCUGCCAAAUACCUAUUGUGACAAAAGGCAAACAAAAUAUUGUUUGCUGGGUGUUGGCAAGAGAGAAGAGAAUUAAUCUUGUGUUAACUACAGAAGAGAGCAAAAUACUUAAGAAUGUGGUCAUAUUUAUUACCAUGAGGUCUUAAUGGUUAAUAAUAUUUAUCCUCCAGAUUUAGCUGAACAAAGGAGAAAAAUCAGAUAUGAUUACAUCAUGGGAUGUUGGGUUCACUUAUUCAGUUUUCUACUGCUGUAUAUUUGGUAAUUUCAGCAGCAUUCAUACACACCACAGAGAUUCUCUUCCACCCUACCCACCCCCACUAACAAAUUGAACAGGAAAUUGAUUUUUAAGGAAACCAACAUUUUCAGGUUUCCUCUCUGGGGGAACAUUCUGGCGGGUCUUCAGCCUCUCUAUGACACAAUCAGGAACUCGUCCCAUAUUUUCUGCUCAAGAUUUCCCAAGCGUGCUCAGUGUUUUAACAAAUGUACUUUUAAGAAAAAUAGAAAUGCCAGUUAAAGAGAAUUCGAAUUUGAGUAAUGUGCAACCAGAGAAACAAUUUUAUUGAGUACACGGAAUGUUCUGUAAAGAGGAACUGUCAGUUGUAUAUUAGAGAUAUUUUGAAUGGUUUUUCCUGAAUCAUUCUCUUCCAUGCAUUAAAGGGUUCCACUUUGACAGUUCAAGUUUGUUUUAAGAUAGUACCUAGGAUAUAGCCUAGCAGAUGAGUCAUUUAUAUAUUUGAAAGCCAGCAUUAAGGAUUUCAGUAUUUCGUUGAACUAAUUCAAGUUGGAGGAGAAAAUAAACUCAUCUUGAGAAAUUUCAAAUGAUAGGCAAAAAUAGAUGUAAUAGUUACAGAGAUUUUGGAUUUGCAUAAAUUAAACCAGAGAAGCAAGUUUUAGUGUUUAUUUUGUAGUUUAAUGUUCUUUUGCUUUUUGUAAUUCAUGUAUCUGGUUUUCUUUCCUGCAUUGGUUAUAAAAAUGAGGUCAUCCACUUUCCAAGGGACGAGUUUCAAGUGAAGAUUUCAGGCCAAAUAAAGUCUUGGACAAUAUUUUCUUCCUCUGCUAUGUGAGGAUCUCUGUUUGGUUCUGUUCACAUUUUACUGGAAAUGUUAUGUGCACAGAAUUUGGGGGAAAUGUUCUGAAAGGUUACAAGUAAUAGAUUAUGUAAACGAGUUCCUGCCAAUUUAACUCCAUCUCAUAUUUUGAGCAUUGUGAUUUUUUUAAGAAAGGGGGAUCUGAAUGUAGAAUUAUCUAAACUAGAAAUUUAUAAUAAUUUUGUUUCUCUCUAGAAUCUAUUUAUUGUUUACUACAGGAGUAUUGUCUGCUUUCUUUCAGCCUAUUCACUAAGCCCUCAGAAACACAUAAAGUAACAUCAUGUCACUA